AUGAACAGCGUAUAUGGGAACAACGCGUCCGAAAACCCCCACAACCACAACCACGGCGCCCGCUCCACGCUGGCCCGCCUGGACGUGUUCCUGGACGACCGCAGCGAAUCACCCCGCACAUACGAUGUUCAACCUCACGGCCAUAGGCUAUACUUACCUCUGCCCGUAAGGAUGAGCAGCGUAUGUGAGGAACCUCCUCCUUCCUGGAUGUCUACAUCAGGAGUUCCACGGAGAACAAUAACAACAACGUGUCAGCGUACAUACACUGUUCAACCCCACGGGCAGAGGCGUUUAAUGACGGCGUGCUUGACCAUAGGUCCCGCAGGUGAACACCCAACGGUGCAAGAAUAUUGUGCCCGAAGACCUCCACAACGGCGGCCCGCUGGACCUGUUCCUGGACGACCACAGCGAAUCACCGCACAUACGCUGUGCUGGAUGAACAGCGUAUUGGAGGAGGUGAGAUUCUUCGUCAUCAAAAUCAUCAUCGGGGGUGAAUUACGAUCUGCGCGAUACAUUCUUAAGGCAUUCACCACAACUCAAUUAGAUGCUUCACGAGUUUCGAAUAAAGUUAACCUCUUUGUUAGCUUAGCGCAGUUAGUAUCCAGAAGAUAA